UUGCUGCGUGCUUAACAUCCAAUCCCUUACUUUCCCACCUUUCUACUUAUCUACGAUUUUUUAUAUAAGCUUUCAAAAAAUGAAACCGACAAAUCAUAAACGCGUGAUUACUCAAUUUUAAAUUCGAAACCUUCUUAACUCUCAUCCUUCUCAACUUCAAUAACAGUCGGCCAAAACUUGCUAGAUUUUCAAGAUUAUAAAGCUGCUUCUUCCUCUCAAGUCUUAACUACGACUACUUCAAUUAAUAUCUACUACAGGCCCUUUCUCAUCUCUUUCAGAUUAUUCAGCUCAGAUUAUUUUGGAGGUAUAGAGCUCCACUAAUCGAAAAGCUGCCAUAGAUGUACCCUUAUCACUUAUGCACAGUAAUGCUAUAAAUUUAACUGGGGCCAAGACUGGGCUUUUAAUUGUAGGUGGGAUGCGUUUAGGAGGGCUACUGCUAAAAAGAGCAACGUUCCUUCCUCUUCUCCAUCUAAACAGUGGAUAGAGUUGUACUUUCAGUUUGUCAUCAAUAUCAUUUUCCUUGUUGGGAUCACCAAUUUAUUCUCUGCAUUCCCAUACAGAUCUGACUGCAGGUUUUUCUGCUUCUGAGCCAACCAUCUCAUCACUCUAAUCUCAGCUGAGUGAGCGUCAGGACUGCCUGAAGUAGAAAGUUUUCAGCUGGUUUUUUUUUUUUUUUUUGUAGGGGGGGAGGACCAAAAAAUGGCUAAUCAACCAUCUUGUUAAAAUUCUGAUCAAGAAAUAAGUGAGUCUGCAGAAUUAUUGGACUGGGGUGGUAACUUCUUGUUGAUACUAAUGGGCAAAAGCGGCAGAGACUGGACGCAGAUCUAUGCGAUCUACGGCAUGGACGAUUGGCAUACACCCUUUUUCCUACUCAUCCAUGCCGUCUUCUUCUCCGCCCUCUCCGUCUUCUUCCUCCUCUACUUCGAGCCCAUUUGCUUCCUCACACAGCAUUUCCUCCCCAUCAUCGGGCCCGGAUUGGCCCGUUUCAUCGCGGGCUUUACAGGCUCGGUUACCGCCCUCUCCGCCGUCUGCCUCUUCUUUGCAGCCGCCAACUUCUUCUACUCCUCUGUUUCACUGCACUGGGACAUGGCCCAGCGGAUGGUCAACUCGGUCUCCGACUGGUCGUCGGUGAAGCAAGCCCUCGACCUCGGGUGCGGCCGGGGAAUCCUCCUCAACGCGGUGGCUAUGCAGCUGAAGAAGUCAGGGUCGUCGGGGCGGGUGGUUGGGCUGGAUCCGACUGGGGCACGGAGGAACGGGCCGAGCACCCUGUCGACCCUCAGGACAGCCGGGCUGGAGGGGGUCCAAGAGUAUGUCACGUGCCGGGCAGGUGACCCCAGGACGCUGCCCUUCAGCGAUAAUUACUUCGACGUGGUGGUAUCGUCUGUGUUCGUGCACACGGUAGGGAAGGAGUUUGGGGCGAAAUCAGCUGCGGCGGGUGCAGAGAGGAUGAGGGUGCUGGGGGAGGUGGUGAGGGUUCUGAAGGCGGGUGGGGUCGGGGUGGUGUGGGACCUAGUACACGUUCCCGAAUAUGUGCAGAGGUUGCAUGAAUUAAAGAUGGAGGAUAUCAGAGUGUCUGAACGUGUAACGGCCUUCAUGGUCAGCAGCCACAUCGUAUCAUUCAAGAAGCCAAACCACCAUUUUGCCGGGUCUAACGAAGUUAGACUCGAUUGGAGAUUCAACAAUCUUUGUUGAAUCGAAAGGAUUAUCUACAAAUUUUUUUCCCCUAUAAAAAAAAAAAGGGAGAAAUGAUGAUGAUGAUGGAGAAAAUAGAGAAGCAUAUAUAUAUAUAUAUAUAUGCAUAAUUAAUAGUAACACAAUACUGUAUGAUCUUUUUUUUUUUCCUUUUUUAAUUUUUG